GUGAAACAUGGCGAAGGGUCUGAGACGAGGAGGAACCGGACACAACUGAGAAGGAAUACGUUACCCCCCUGGAAAUAUUUGGAGAUCAUGCAGAAAUCCUGAAGUUGAGCGUGUGAGAUGAUAUCACUUCCGAAACUGUGGAUAUCUACCACUGCCCCAUUGAUGACUAAGACAAAAGCGGUGCUCAGGAACACCUGCCGUUGCAUUCAUAAACAUUUCUUUAGGACUCACAACCCUUGAGUUUUGUUUUGAAGUCGCACAACAUCCCCCGUCUUCUGUGCUCAGCGUGCACACACACACACACAGGCGUGGGACGACGAUGAUGACUGAGAAAAGCGAGAGGAUUGUAGAAACUCCAAUGGCAGCUGACAGACUUCGGGAGGAGCAUGAAAAGGUAGUGAAAGACUGUGAAGGUCGGAUUCAGCACUGGAUGAAAGUAUCAGAUGACUAUGAAGCCCUAACUGACCGCCUCAACACUCUCCCAGAUCAGCUGUCGUAUGACAUCAUGGUGCCAUUUGGCCCUUUGGCCUUCAUGCCAGGGAAGAUGGUCCACACCAACGAGGUCUCGGUGCUGCUGGGCGACAACUGGUUUGCCAAGUGCUCUGCCAAGCAGGCUCAGAAGAUAGUCGACCACAGGAAAAAAUAUGUGAAGAACGAGCUCGAUGGCCUUCUCCAAACAAAGAAAAACUUUGAGGCCAGAGUCGGGUUCACCAAGGAUCUGGAAAAAAUGUCAGCCAGUACGGGGAACUAUGUUGACAUCAGAGAAGAGGUUGGAAACAGCGAGGCUGUCACCAAAGGAAGUCACAGAGUAGCUCACAAGCCCAACUCCAAGCCCAAGAUGGAUGCCGUGCUGGAUUUAGAAGAGGAAGGGGAAAAUGGAGGAGGUGGUGGAGACGGGGAGCACAGAAAAGUCAUGUCUGAGGAGGAGCUGUGGGCCAGGUUGGAUGAGCUGGAAAGACUGGAAGAAGAACAAGAUGAACAUUACAGAAUGUCUGACGCUUUGGACACAAAUGGUGAGGACACGAUGUCAUCUUCGUCUGAGGAGGAGAAGGAGGCAGACGGUUGUCACCCCAUGAGUGGACCGAGUCAGGACCCAGGCUGGACCUCCAGGCCUCACAACAGCCAGAUCAAUGGUAAAGCGCCUCCCAGCAGAGACAGGGUAGAAGAAAAAGAUGACGAUGAAGAGGAAGGCAACUGUUUGCCCACCAUCUAUUUCUCUCACACAGUCGAGCCAAAAAAGGUGAGAAUAAACACAGGAAAGAACACCAUGCUGAAGUUCAGUGAACGGAAAGAGCAGAAGGAUCAUUCAAAGAGGAAAAAGAAGAAUUGCAACGGCAAUGGACACUCUCACCACGAACUUCAUAAAAUCACAACACCGGUAGACAUUUACAGGUUGUUUGUGGAUGUGAAAAACGGGGAGCCCGUCCCCAGAAAGUCCAUCCUGAAGUCGCGGAGCCGGGAGAACAGCGUAUGCAGUGACACCAGCGAGAGCAGCGCUGCCGACUUUGAUGAGCGGCGGAUGAUAGGGCGCAGCUUCAGCCACGACGAGGCCACGCACAGCGACACCAGCGAUGGCAUUACGGAAGAAGACAGUCCCAUAGCGAUCCCACUGCACCCUGUCAGGCAAUUUGAGGCUUUUUCGGGUACGGUCGUGGAGAAGGACCCGAUGCCUUCAGCUGUACCUCAUCUGACAAUUGUUCCACCGACUCUGCCAACGAUACCAGAGAGGAAACAGGAGGAGGUGGCCAGCGAUGUGACUCUGGCCCAGGAGCCUCCUAAAAGGGUGUCCAAGUUCAAAGCAGCCAGGUUACAGCAAAAGUGACCACCAAGCAAGCAAGCCUCCAGGUCCAAACCUGGCUCUCUCUCUCUCUUUUUUUUUUACAUCUUAAAUCAUGAAUUGUCCUUAAUUUCACUCUUUUUGCCCUUCCUUUUUUAUAUGCUGACAAGUCCUUUUUUUUGUUAGCACACAAAAUCAGAUAUAGCUGUUCUGUAAGAAACCUUAGCAGUUUUAUAGGGGCCAUUACCUUCUUGCUUUGCCAACACACAGCCUUGUGUGCAGCCUUUUUGCUCUUUAGCCAUAUGUAGGUUUUCUUUUUUGUUUUUGUUUUUCAGUUUACCUGCUCUUGCAAUACAACGGCACUAAACACUAGUGGUCCACUUUGCCUUCGUGCUCCUUUUGUGGCAUCGGUUGUCGUGCCAGUGUCUUACAUUUACUGUAACAAGGCCACCGUUUAUCUCUCUGCUUUUCCGCUGAUCGUCGAUGUCGCUUGUUAUAGUGGGAAAAUAGGCUUUGCCACUUUGAAAUUAAUUUUUGAGCUUUUGUUUGUUUGUUUGUUUGGGUUUUAUGUUUGGAUUAUUCAGCGGGAUCGGGUGCAAACUGGUUGUCGUUUUCCUUUCUCUGGACAUGACUGACUCUUCUGAAUGUACAUCCAACUUUGUGAACAGCUUUAUGUAAAAAAAUAGAAAAUAAAAAAUACAAGAGGUAGGGAAGAGUUACUGAAAACUACAAGUAAAAUAAAUGAU